AUGGAGUCAGGCUUGGCGGGGGAUGCUUCCUUCACCAUGGCAGACCAGCCGCUGCGUAGCGGCGAGACGGAUGCAGUAACGCCACGGCUGGACGGACCCACCGGGCGCGCUUCGGGGGAGGAUUCCGCGUCCUCCUCGUCGCCUUCGCAGGCUUCCACGCCCCCGUAUUCAUCCGCGCGAAAUGUUUGA